AACCACCCCUGCCCGCGCUCCCUCCCCCGUGCCGAGGCAACCAACGAGCCGGGGCCGCUUUCGCUUUGUGCGCGCCGGGGCGGCGGUACAUCAAAGCCUUCUAGUUCCCGCUCCGGCCUUUGACGGUCGCGUCGCGGCCGCUCGCUCAGUCAUCGCUCGGUUGUAGGCGAUGCCGGCGCGCCGUGCAUGAGCUCGCUCGCUCUCUGGCGCGCGCGCGCGCGUCCGCACGAGGAGCGCGAGCUCCUCGGGAAUCGUCGCCGCGAAUUCCGCCGUUCACCGCGUCCGUCCGCCGAUCGGCAUCGGCGGGGGGCGGCCUCCCGACGCCGGCCGAUCACCAGCUACCUUAGCCCCGUGUGUUCGCCUGCUCUGCAGCACCACCACCAGCAGCGAAUCGGAGCGUGGAUUUCGAGCGGGUGAGAGAGAGAGAGGGAGAGAGAGAGAAGAGAGAGAGAGAGAGAGAAAGAGAGAGAGAGAGAGAGUCGGCGCGCGAUGUCGCCUCGAGGUGGCAAGUGCGCGCGUGUCGGCAAGGUGGCCACCAAGGGGCGCCAAACGCGCGCUCAGCACGCCUCCUUGGACACCGUGCAGCAAGUCGAAGGAGCAACGACCACGAUAACGCCAACCACAACGACAACGACGACGACGACGACGACGACGAUGAUACGAAGCACGGUGACGACAACCGCGAACGCGACCACGACGAUGGCGACGUCGACGUUGAUGACGUCAAGCGGAACGGCAGUCGCGACGACGAGAAUGGACAAGCCCGCGGUAAGCACGGCGUGCGAGGGUCGAUCGCAAUGGUCAGGGCGCAUGCGCCAGUCCCUGGAGAGCAGCUCCGAGCCCCGUGAAAACGGUACCCCGGUGGUGCAUCGUUACCCGGAGAGGCAGCGACGACGAGAGAGACACGCGACCGGGAGGAAACAUCGAACGACGCGCAACAACGAGAACGCCACCGCGGUGGCCGCCGGAUCCUCGUGCUCGUCCACGUCCUUGUCGUCGCCACUGGCGCUCUCCUCGCCGUCUUCCUGCGCGUCGUCUCGCCGCUCGACCUCGCCGCCAUCCAGCACCUCUUCGCCGGCACGGUCCUACAGCUCGACCGCGUCCACGGCCGCGAGCGAUCCGUUGGCGAUCAAGGCGGAGGACGUGCGGAUCAGCAUCGAUCACGGCGACCAAGGGAUCGGCAAGCGGGAGGUGGGCGCGAGCCAAGAUCCGGAGGAGGAGGAGGAGGAGGAGAAGACCAACGGACAGGACAACAACAGGGUUCAUGGAGCUGCGGAAACAUCGACCACACCAUCGGUGCCAGCCUCGUCCACCGUCGUGUCCUCCUCGUCGUCACCUUUCCCCUCCCCGGUGUCCACGUCGUCGACGUCCUGCCGGACGUCGACGCCGCGCGGUUACUGCGACGUCGCGCACGCGUCCUCGUCUGCCCUCGAGAGGCUGAGGAACACCCUGGAGAGCUACGACCGCAGCCGUAUCUACCUAGCCCACGUCUGCUACUUGGACUGGCGGGACCUGCCAGGUAAACGGCGUGGCGCCGGUGUCGGCGGCGUCAACGCCAGCAGCCGCGACACGAGGAGCGAGCGGGUGUGGGUGGUGGGGGCCGCGGAUCACGAGGGUCACCAUCGGACGCGGUUGUUGGUGGCCGGUCGUCAUUGGCGGCCACGUUGCCUGCGGAAGGUCAACAUGCUGAGCCAACCGGUGGUGUACGCCGGCGGCGGCAGGGGUUCCCUGACCGCCGAUCUCUUCCUCUGGUGGUUCCACCGCGAGUUCGCCGUCACGGCAAUGGCGAUGCACCCGGACGGCGCCGUCUUGGUGGCCGAGAGCGCCGAUUACCUGCCGCCAGAGGGUGACUGCGUCGCCGCGGACGGCUUGGUGCGGCUGUUUGUGGUGCCCAAGGACUGCAUGGAGACGCGACUGGUGGUCCGCGAGCUCAGGGUGCGCUUGGCCACCGGUGUGCUCUCGAGGGCGCGUUGCGGCGUCUUUCGCGAUAACAAUGCCGCCGCCGCCGCCGCUGCUGCCGCUGCCGCCGCGGUCAACUCCGGCCCCGAAGAGGCCGAUCACAACCGAUUGGACGCGUAUCUCAGGAGGUUCACGCUCAAGGAGGCGUUCGCGGACCUCCAUCGCGCUUGGCUCAGCGUCCGCUCGGAAACGUUCGCUCGCAGCUGGACGCUACCGCGCGACCGCGAGGAUCACUCGCUCGCGGGAUGCUCCAGCAACGGCGCCAUCUUGGCGCCGCGGAUCUACAUGGUGGAUCAAGAGGAGGACAGGAUGUUGUUGGUCGAGUUACAGAGCCUAGCGCGGGAGGCCGGCCUCGAGGUCGGCGACGAGGAACUCAGUAGAUGGAUCGUCGACGAGGAGAGCGCGCUGGCGCGUUUGGUCAGGGAGAGGGAACAGGACGAGGAACAGCAGCAGCAACAGCAGCAGCAGCAGCAGCAGCAACAACAGUGUCGCGUGAAGGUAGAAUUCGAGGACAGGUGGUCGGAUCGCAAUGGCGACGACGACGAAGACGGCAACGACGGUACCGCCGACGACGACGACGCUGAAGACGAACCCACCGCCGAGGAAGCCGUCGGGCUACUCUCGAGGGUACUGACCUGGAUGGAGAGGGAACCCCUCGAUCCGGGACUCCUGCUGGCGGUCAGAUCGAUGCGCGAUACCGCCGCACUUAUGGCGAGCAAGAUGGGCCUGGCGGGGACGCAUCCGAGCGGGCUUCCCUUCUUCUGCCCGAACGGGGACCACCUGACGCAACCUCCGCCUGCUCACAUGGGCAUACCGCCGUAUGCGCCACUGGACGCGGGCAAAGCAGCCGCCGCGGCCGGUGAGUACUACUGGCCAUCAGUCAGCCAAGGGCAGCUACCCGAGCAGCCCUGGAAACAUCUUCUAACCGCAGCAGCCUCCACAGGUCUCUCGAGGGCGCCGAUGUACCCGUUUUCGACAAGCCAGUAUCCGUAUCCCAUGCUUAGUCCGGAAAUGACGCAAGUCGCCGCUUCCUGGCACACACCGAGCAUGUACCCCAUCUCGCCGGCGAACGCCGGCUUCCGGAGUCCGUACCCCACGAGUUUACCCAUCACCAGUUCCAGCUUAUCAAGUGAUCUCUACCGGUUUUCGCCGACCGGCCUGAUGCCCCCGCACCCAGGACUAAGUCCGCACGCACACGCGCUGGCAUCGCACGCGCUGGUAUCGUCGGCGCCGAAGGCGGAUCACUCCACCUUGGAUCACAAUCACAGGUCUACGAUAGAACAGAAAAACUCCACGUCGUUGCCUACGGACAACGCGAAAGCUCAGGACACGGGCCAGCAAAACAAUCAAGAUAAAAAGAAACCCCAUAUAAAAAAGCCUUUGAACGCGUUUAUGCUGUACAUGAAGGAGAUGAGGGCGAAGGUGGUAGCAGAAUGUACCUUAAAAGAGAGUGCCGCAAUCAACCAAAUAUUGGGAAGACGAUGGCACUCGCUAAGCCGGGAGGAGCAGGCGCGGUAUUAUGAGGCAGCCAGGCAGGAGCGCCAUCUGCACCAGCAACGAUACCCCGGCUGGAGUGCCAGGGAUAACUACGGAUAUGGCAGCAAGAAGAAGAAGAGGAAGAAAGAGCGCUCCGCAGAUCCCACCGGAGGUAACAACAUGAAGAAGUGCCGCGCCAGGUACGGAUUAGACCAGCAAAACCAAUGGUGCAAACCCUGCAGACGUAAGAAGAAAUGUAUCAGAUACAUGGGGGAGGGAGGAGACGGCGACGGCGAAGCCGACGGUGAAGGUGAGGACGAUCAUUCGGAGGACAAUCUGGGCAGCGUAGGUGAAGCAGGUACUCCCGAGGAUGACGAGUCCUUGAGUAGCCCCGGAGGCCUGUCCGCGUUGUCUAGUCUGGCGAGCCCGUCGUUGGUCUUACCAUCGCCCUCGAGCAUGGCCAGUCCGUGCCCGUGUCCGUUGACGCCGCCAGUGCCACCCCUGCCUCUACCGAACACUAGCCAGCAGCCGCACAACCAGCCGACCUCGACGACAGUGGUGGCGGCGACAGCGGCGGCAGCGGUGGCGGCGGUCACGACAGCGACGGCGACUGCGACGGCGGUGGCGCAGCAGCAGCAGCAGCAGCAGCAGCAGCAACAGCAGCAACAACAACAGCAACCACCUCCACCACCCCAUCGCAAUCCCGUCGGCACGAACCCGCACGACAUCAACAAUCCGCUCAGUGUCAAUCAGCUGACCGGACAGUGUAUAAAGAGCGAGCCCGCGCCAUCGGGCCCUUCCAACCCGGCGAUCAGUGUUACGUAGCCCUGGGCGGACCCACGUGACCGGACUGUUGCAACACGCGGAGUCAUCUACGGGGUCCAUCUACGUAUACACACGACGAGGAGGCCGGGCGACAAGCGCUCGACCGAGACGACAACAACGUCGACGAUGACGAUGACGACGAGGACAACGCCGACAACGACGAUGACAACAAUGACGACGACGACGACGACGACGAAGAUGAAGACGAGGACGAACGGGGGGAGCGAGCGGUGGACCGCUCCGGAACGAGGGUUCAUCAGCGAGGAUGACUUCCCUGUCGCCGAGCUCCCAACGUUUUUACCUUGGUUUCGGUCCAGCGAGGAAGUGGGACCAGGUAGGGCUUCGAGGAAUGUAUCGUACUUUCGGGACGGCCCAAGACAGUACGAGGAGUACUCGAAAUGAUCCGCUCGGAUGAUGAUCGCCUGUACACGGUGGCGGACGAGUUCGCGGUGGCGGCGACGUCACGCGUCGUCAUGCGCCGAGAGAUGCGAUGCUGUUAUUCACCGCGACACGAGGAGCCAUAGCGUAAUGGCGUCCUGUGUCGCCGUGAUGGGGUUCGGGUUCGGAUAAACACGCCACAGAGAUGGCCGACGAACGAUCGUUAUCGUGGACGUCGUUGCGGCCACCUUCGCACGGACACACGGCCGUUCUCUCCUGGCGCCGCGGCAGCCAGGCCUUGCUCGUGUCCGUUCGCCGGAACGCAGAAGGAUCAUCCAGUGUCCAAAGUCGGGGAUAACGAGUCUAGGCGGAACGUUAAUAUAACGUGUUACGAACAGAAACAAAUAUUGAUGCAGAAAUACUCAGGACCAAGUGUCUGGCUGUAGUCAUCCGCUCGGCAGGGAGAGAAAGAUAUGAGCGAGAUAUGAGCGAGAGCGCGCGCGAAAGAGAGAAAGAGUGUGUGCGAGUGAGAAUGAGAGAGAACAGGGAUGUAUGCGUCGUACGAAACUGAGGAGAUGCGGAGAGAUGAAGGGUGCAUACAUUCGCGAUUAUGAUGUACAACUGAGAGAGAGAGAGAGAGAGAGAGAGAGAGAGAGAGAGAGAGAGAGAGAGAGAGAGAGAGAGUGUGUGUGUGUGUAUCUGUGUGUAUGGUGAGUGAGAGCGAGAGAGGGCAGACUCGCCGGAGAAGAUGCGUGUGACGCAGCUUGUAGUCCUUGUUACGUUGUGAUGCCAAUGACUGAGAGGUCAUGUUCCUGUGCCAGGUACUAUACUUUAGAAAUAAUUAUAUCGCGAACAAGUAGCUAAGAGGUAAAAAAAAAAGAAUCAGCGGAGGAGAGCCGCAAAAGGACGGAAGCGAAUCAGCUAGCGGGGCACGCGCGCGCGAUACGUUUUUAUCGUCAUUGAUUUGUUCGACCUCACGCUGUCAAAAUACCUAUCUUCUGUAUGUAAUUUGUUAUUUUUUUAAAAGUCUAUACACACAGUGCGAUUAAUUAGCGUGUAAGGUAAUUCCCCUCCCUUAGUAACGAAUCCCCGCCCACUUCAGCAUUUUCCCUUUUUCCUUAUCCUGCCCCAACUAUGUCCCACGGAUUCUACUUUAUCUAUCACUGGACGUGACACGAUUGGCAGGUCCGUUUGUAUCGUAAUGUUUCGAUGGAAGAAUGAACCGUUUUUUUAUUUUUUAUUUUU